AUGAUGUUCCUCAUUCCUCUUUUGUUUGUUUCUUCUUUGGCGGAUUGUUCUCUUUUCAUUGACUAUAGUGGCUGUGUAAAAGCUGAAGUGACUUCAAAAUGCUCGGGCGCAGUUAUCAUUCCGAAGGAAUACACAUGCAUAGCCGAUUAUGGCUUCACUAACUCCCAAAUCUCUCAAGUGACUUUUCAGUCCAAUUCUGCAGUCACAAUUGGUUCUUCUGCUUUUCAGCAAGCUCCACUAAGAACAAUAACAGCACCGGGUGGAUACGCAUCUAUAGGCUCUUAUUCAUUCGAUAGCACUUUUCUGAGCACUUUCACUUUAACUUCCUCAACGAAUUAUGGUAUUAACGUCUUCAUCAAUUGUAAGAGUCUUGUUUCCGUUAUAAUCAAAGACGACAUGACAAUUCCUAAACAAAUGUUUGCCGGGUGUUCGAAACUAAACAUGAUACAAGGCCAAAACUACAUCACGGACAUCGCAAGUGGUGCUUUUAAUGGAUGCACUGCACUCACACAAUUCAGUUUCGAUAACAUCAAAAGUGUUGGGAGUUACGCCUUUGCGUUGUCUGGACUCCAUAAAAUCACUUUGAACCCAACAACCAAAUUUGGAGAAAAUGCGUUUGAGGAGAGUAAAGUUGCGUCAGUCAAUUUUAACGGAGCUGACAAAGUAGUGCCGUAUAUGCUCAGAGAUACUACACAAUUGAGUAUAUUGUCAGGAUUGGAGAGCAUCAAAUACAUCCAACAACACGCUUUUGAAGGGUGUUCUAAACUUAGUUCUAUCCAUUUGUACGAAGGGUUAAGUACCCUUGGCGAAGAGGUUUUUAGUGGAAGUGUGAAGACCAUAUUUUACCAUGGUACUACAAAGCCAAAAUGUGAUGAAAACGCUUUGUCAAAUAAAGUCGUUGUGUAUGUGUCUGAUAACUAUAUGUCAACUUCUUUUUGCACAGUCACAGUAACUAAGGCACACUGCUCCAACAAAGAAAAAAUUAACACAACUUCGGGAAAAUGUGAGCCGUGUUCAGGAACAGGUUCGGGAAACGAUGGAGUCACCGAUUCAUGUUAA